AUGGCUCCGGCAUCCAAGUCAUCCGUCAGUCGACGCAAGUCCAACGGCGCAACGGGCGCCCUGACCAUCGUCCUCAAAGUUUCCCCCGACAGGCUCAAGGACCUUCUCGACCCCCAACCCACCAAGGAAGAAACGCCUGCCAAAGACUCGCCCGAGGACAAGGCCGCCUUGCCCACAGAGGAGAGCAAGCCCGAAUCCGCCGCCGCCUCGCCUGCGCCCAGCAACACGCAGCCCACGACUGGCGCGGUCAACGGCGAGAACGCGUCCGACUCGAACCCUGCCACGCCGGCCGCCACUGCCAACGGAACACCUGCACCAGGCACUAUGGCGCCUCCCGUCGACGGCUCGAAGAAGAAGGGAACCAAGCGAUCCGCAGGCGCCGCCAAUGGCCUCGGACCCGAUGGCCUGCCCAAGGUCAGGGGUAAGCCCGGUCCCAAGAAGAAGGCUCGACUGGAGGACGGCACCAUCGAUCCCAAUAGCACCGGUCGCGGCGGUGCCGGCGCUCACAAGCUCGGACCCAAGGCCAACCAGGGCGCCAUCAAUGCCGGCCUUCGCGCCCUCGACAGGUCCGGCAAGCCCUGUCGCAAGUGGUCCAAGGGUGGAUUCACGAUGAAGAGCUUCACGGGAGUCGUAUGGGAGAUUCCUCGCUGGACGGCGCCGCCUCACAUUGUCAUCCAGCCGUCAGAUGACUCCAAUGCUGCCUCUGCCGACAGCAGUUCGAAGGAGAACAAAGAGGUCAACGACGAACCUAAGAGCGACGCCAACAGUGCCAUGCCAAACAGUAAUGCAAACAGCGCAGCCGGUGUUGAGGCCAACAGCGGUCCCGGCAGCGCCAUCAAUCCAAGCUCGCCAGCCCCGAUGGCCAUCCCCGCCGCUUAA